UGACGUUUCCCGGGGCCCUGUCAGGAAGUUGCUCCCGCGGCCGCCCGGGCAGUGCACUGCGCAUGCUCCCAGCCACCAUUUUGCUGCUGUUGAACGCUGUGUGUCGGGGGUUUGUUCUCCGGGCGGGGGAGGCUGAGGAACAGGGCUUGGGAGAGAGCAAGACGGAUCAGCGCAGGGAGGAGGCGGGAGCAUCGGAGCAGCCAUCCCGGCCGGGGUCACUUACACCGAGAGGGCCUAGAGCAAGGACACCGGAGCAGCCAUGGCCAAUAUCGCAGCGCAGAGGAUCAAGCGGGAGUUCAAAGAGGUGUUAAAGAGCGAGGAGACUAGCAAAAACCAAAUCAAAGUAGACCUAGUAGAUGAAAACUUCUCCGAGCUGAGAGGUGAAAUUGCUGGUCCACCGGACACACCGUAUGAAGGUGGACGGUAUCAAUUAGAAAUUAAAAUACCAGAAACCUACCCAUUUAAUCCACCUAAGGUGCGAUUUAUUACUAAAAUCUGGCAUCCAAAUAUUAGUUCGGUUACGGGAGCCAUAUGUUUGGACAUAUUGAAAGACCAAUGGGCAGCAGCCAUGACAUUAAGAACAGUGUUGUUAUCGUUGCAAGCCCUAUUGGCUGCAGCAGAACCAGAUGACCCACAGGACGCAGUGGUGGCCAAUCAGUACAAGCAAAAUCCAGAAAUGUUUAAACAGACAGCCCGGCUGUGGGCACACGUAUACGCAGGAGCGCCUGUCACUAGUCCAGAAUACACAAGAAAAAUAGAGAACCUUUGUGCUAUGGGCUUUGAUAGAAAUGCAGUAAUAGCAGCUUUGUCAUCAAAAGCAUGGGACGUAGAAACUGCGACAGAACUACUCCUGAGUAACUGAGAGGUCGUCCCGCUUUCCCCUUCCCAAACAGCACGUCAUCUGUUAUUUUUAGGAUUCUGCAUAAAAGGAAAAAAAAAAACCACAACAAAAACCGCACUCCUGCGUGACAAUGCUAUUUAGACCAUACUGGAGACUGAUGGAAAAGAAACUGCUCUGUAAAUAAAGCUAAUUAAACAUGUAAAUUAAGCGACCACCACACACAAAGGGGAGGGGUAUAAGUAUAAUUUGUUUUUUGUUUUUUCUCUUAAUACUGUAAAAAGAAAAUAUUGAAGCUGAACCAAUGGGAUGAGAUUGAUUUGUGUUUUACCGUUUGACCCAGAGCCGCACAAGGGCCCUUAAGGUGGUUUGUUUUGUUUCUCUGCUAUGAUCUCCUUUACUGGAGGAGAUGCAUCAGCAGCCUCACUCUGAGGAGUCCUAGGACUCCAUCAACCCAUCAUUGUCUACCUUAAUGCUAGUAACAACCACCUUUCAUGUCUGUGGACGCGCAUGCAUGCACACCAAUGGAUUACAUUGAUUCAUCCGAACAAUUCAUUUGUAAUAUGUUUGGUACUUUUGCGUUCCGAUCGGCCAUUUUUAUUUUUUUCGGAGUGCUGGAGUUGUGAAGAUCAGUGAUUAGUUGAUCAUGAACCAGGCUUAGACAACUUGAAGCUGCCCCAGCUGUUACUUGAUAGUCAGAUCCCACUUGCUGGCAAGCAUGGAAUGCUGGAACUUGCGGUUCAGCAACAUCUGGAUGCUUUUCGGUACCAAAUAUUGUUAUAGGUGUUGGAUUUACUUUAAUGUUCCACAAUACCGUUUACAGAAAACUGCACACAAUUUUUAACAGAAGGAGCCAAACAAUGAGAAAGCAAAUCCAUUAAACUGUCUUGGAGCCUUAUCGGUGACUUAUUGCGGCUGCCAUAAUGUAUAUUUUCAAUGGUUUCCUAUCGUAGUUAGAUACACACUGUGCGUGCUAUGUGCUUGUGACACAGUCUGUCUGUGCUGCUGUUCCUGUAGCUUAAGCGGUUGUUACAUAUAAAAAUCCUUGAUCUCUAUAGUGCACUCAAUAACCGUACACUAACCAGUUAUGGAAUGCUUGACAAACUGUGAACAACGCUUUUGUGUGCUUUGGUCUGUGUAGACUUUGCAUUUGCUAUAGAGAUGUAUGCUUUCUCAAUUGCGCACACUUAAGCUGCAGGGACAACAACACAUGCUGUCUAUGCUAUAGGUGCCAGGUAAGUCCUCUGUGUACAAGCUCAGCAGGUCUCACACUUGUGACAGCUUGCAUAAAAAACAUUUGAACCCACAGUCUACAACUUCCCACCUACUAUCCGCAGUAAGCUGGAGAAAGUUAUCUGUCCAAUUCUUGUAGGAAGUGACACUUGCCAUUCUGUGCAGAAUUCUGCACCAGGUGCUUGCAUAAGACUGCAGGGUUAAUCUACCCCUCCCAUUGGCAACCUACAUUACCAUUUUUUUUUUUUUUUUUCAGUUUAACCCUAUAUCAUGCAGACUGAUUACGGAUUAUUUAAAGGUUCAGGCUUCACUUGCACUUUAGUAGUGAAUUCCUGUAAUUUCUUAGCACUUUUAAUGAGAGGCUUAAAUUUGUUUAAAUCCAUGAUUUCUCAUCUGUAAUAAACAGUUGUUUGAAAUUCAUUAAGUCUGCUUGGGGGUCUUGGUUUUUGUUUUGUUGUGAAUAUAAUUCAAGAAUUGCUCCAAAGCAUUUCAAAGAUCAUUUGCUUACUCAUCUCUUGGCCUUUCUAAAAUGUGUCACCAAGUGCUCCCAAAAAUAAAUACUAAAAAACCGAAAACAUUGUACCCGAUGUAUAUUUUUCUUUCCUUCAUAUUUUGUAGGUCUGUGCCAUUUGCAGUAGCUCAAAUGUCUGUUUUAAAGGAAGCAUUAAACUAUGAUAAUAUUGGAGUUAUUUGCAUAACUGUGGGACAUUCCACGCCAUCUGACAGGUUUGGUUAUGUUUGGAAUAGUGCAACAAAUAAAGUGGAAAAAACAAAAACCUUCUAAA